AGCACCGGAAACAAAUAUACAUUCUUUUCGGGAUACAGAUGCAUCAGUUGAAAACAAACGAAAAAAAGAGCUCGAAAGAAUAAAGAGCCCUUGAAUGGAAGUGGCGAGGGCCCGAGAAAUGGGUCCCGAGAGAAUCUUACCGAACUCUGAGGAGGAUGUGGUGCAGGACCGGCCUUUAGACGCCGCUGUGCCGGAGGAGUGGAGCGGAGAGGACAUGGAGGAGGAGGAGGAUGAAGGAGGUGCUGGAGACCAGGACAGCGCUGGAUAUUAUUAUCAGCCUCUGAAUCAGGACCCAGACGGGAUGAACGGCUCGCACACAGAGCCAGCCGACGAGGGCACCACCGCAGAACAGCUGCAGGACGUUCAAGACAGAAUAGAGGCCAUGGGUCUGUUCCUGCCCCAUCCUCCUCCUCCUGACAGCGAUGAAGAGGAGGAUCCUGAAGGAGCUGCCGCUCACAGGAGUCACGCGUCCAUUCCCAUGGAUGAAGAUCAUGUUGAACUGGUCAAAAGGACCAUGGCGGCCGUGAAUUUACCGACACUGGGAAUCCCAGCCUGGGCCCGGGAAAUCUCUGACGACCAAUGGAAGGACAUGGUGCAGCAGACGCUUCAGUCCAGACAGAGCUCUGCAGGCUUGAGACUGGAACGCAAUUAAAACAUGAACCCGAUGUGCUCGUCGCAAAUCAGAAUGGCACAUUUAUACAAACUGUGUGUGGAUGAAAAGUCUUGACAUGGAAAUCUUAAAUCACAGGUCUCAAACUGCAUUCCUGGAGAGCCGCAGCUCUGCACAGAUUCGCUCCAACCCUAAUCAAACACGGCUCCAACUAAGCUAGGUGUUCAAGACUACUAUAGAGCAUUAAGCAGGUGUAAGUUGUAGGUGGUUGGAGCUUAACUAUGCAGAGCUGUGGCCCUUCAGGAAUUGAGUUUGAGACCACUGUCUUAAAGGAACACUCCGCUGUUUUGGAAAUAUAUCCCCGAGAGUUAAGACAUUAACUCAUUAAGCCGAUCUCUGGACGUGUUGGGAGCCCUUUUAGCUUAGCAUAGAUCAUUAAAUCGGAUUAGACCGUUAGCAUCUUGCUCAAAUUAAUAUAAUAGUUUUGAUAGAUUCCCACAUUAAAGCUUGACUCUUCUGUAAUAACACUACAAGUCAAGCUUUAAAUAGGAGACAGAUCAAAGCUCGUUUUUGAGAGAUAUGCUAAUGGUCUAAUCCGAAUCAAUGAAUUAUGCUAAGCUAAGCUAAAAGCGAUCAGCUAAAUGGAUUUAAAAAUGGUAAAACUCAUUAGUUUAACUUUUGGGGAGCUGUAAAAUAAGGCCAAAAAAGUUGAGCGUUCCUUUAAUAGUCAAGCUUUUAAUUGUUUUGAACUAUUGAUUAGGCAAGAAAUGUCUGGAAAACACCCUUGACGUAUUUCAGCCUCAUCCCAAAACAGCUGUGUUAAGUAUUCGGUGUACGUUUUGCUUUUUUGGGGGGGUAAAGUGAAGCUAGGUAAGGCUUAGUGGUUUGCUUUCGUAUUAACAGCGCAUCCCAGUUAUGUUAUAUAGAAGAUUCCAAUUGUUGUGCAAUAAGUGACUUCUCCAUGCAUUUCACACAGCUCGAGCAAAGCAAACAUCCCAUCACGUCUUUUGUGUUUCUCUUUAUUUUUGUUCUGUACAUACAUGAACAUCUGUACAAAAUAUGACUUUCAUACUAUGUAAUGCUCAACCUAAUUAAAGUACAACAUAUGUACAUAUGACCUGGAAA